GAUAAACAAAUGUUAUAUAUAUACUCAACUUAUUUAACUCUCAGUAAAUCCAUCCAAUUAAUCCCAAAUGUUGAACCUCGUGAAGGGAAUUUUGCUUGCAAGCUUUCAUUUUCACGAUUGAUCAAGACAAAAUUGCUUGCAAGAUUGGCAUCCACCAAACGUGGCAGGGCUAGCUAGAAUUAAUUUUCCAACAUAAUUUGUCUUUUUUGUCACAGUUUUUAUCCCCCUAAAUUCCACUAUUUAUCCAUCAUAUUUCCACUCAAACACAAAACAAAAAUCUUGAAAACAAAAAUGCAGAACAACUGCAUUCUCGACAUGGAUGAUUUCAUCAAGACUCUCUCAGAAAUCAAGGACAAGAAAAUAAGGCCCGACCUCAUCGGCUCAAUCAUCACUGGUUACGCCUCCAAGUGGCUCCCCGAGCUGGCCGCGGACGUCUCCGACCGGCCGGCGGCCAGCUCGGGGAACCCGUCCGAGAGCGUGAGCGUCUCAUGGAGCAAGAAAAGAUUCAUCAUCGAAUCUCUAGUGGGAAUCCUUCCCCACGAGAAGGAUUCCGUCCCCACCGACUUCCUGCUGAGGAUUCUACGCGCCGCUAACGUGGUCCGGGCGGAGCCCGCCUGCGUGUUCGAGCUCGAGAGGCGCGUCUCGUGGCAGCUGGACCAGGCCUCGCUCAAGGAACUCAUGAUACCAUCCUUCAGCCACACUAGCACCACGCUGCUCGACGUCGAGCUCGUGCUCCGCCUAGUGAGGAAUUUCGUGAGUGUGGAGGAGGCCGGCGGUAGAGGCGGCGCCGCUGCUGCGAAGGUGGCGAAGCUCGUGGAUUCGUACCUCGCGGAGGCGGCCCUCGACUCGUAUCUGGCGCUGCCUGAAUUCGUGGCGCUGGCCAGCGCUGUUCCGGGCCAUGCGCGCCUCAUAGAUGAUGGGCUGUAUCGCGCUAUUGAUACUUACCUUAAGGCACAUCCGGGGCUGUCGAAGAAGGAAAGAAAGACGGUGUGCAGUUUGAUCGACUGCAGCAAACUAUCGCAAGAGGCGUGUUUACACGCGGCCCAAAACGACAGGCUCCCGGUUCGGGCCGUGAUCCAGGUGCUCCUCUCGGAGCAGUCCAGGCUGGUGAACAAGCACAUUGACUGGAGCGGGACCCUGAGCGGGCCGAGAAGCCCGGGGCCCGAGCUGUCGGCCCGCUGCUUCUCGAAGCGGGACACGGGGAUGGAGAUGAAGAUGCUCAAGGAAGAGGUGCUGAGGCUGCAGAGCCGAUGCAUGGCCAUGGAGAAGCAGAUCCAGAAGCUGUCGGAGAAGAAGACACCCUCCUUUCUCAGCUGGAAGAAGCUCCGGAUUUCGGCCUUCAAGGCCAACAGAAUUGCAGAGAUGGAGGAAGACAGUGAGGCUGGAUUCGGCCCCAAAAGCCCCUCCCUCUUUAAGCCUAAGCUUCUGCGAGGUAGAACUCCCAACAGGAGGAAAUCCAUGUCGUGAAACCACCCAGUUUUGCCUCUCGUUUCUUUAAUACGUUUCAUUAUUGUAUAAAUAAACAAUGCUGCUCAUGCCUAGCUCCUUAUCUAAUAAUCUCACCAAUUAAUGUUUUUCA